ACCUCCCGUCCUCGCGCUCGUCUCGUCCUAUUCCCCAGUUCGUCCUCCGUCCCUCUGCUUCACGCCACAGCUCACCGCGCCCGCCGCCCUCUUAAGCCCCCCCUCCGCCUCCUCGUACUCUCGCUCUCACCACCUCACUGCUCCUGCUUGCUUCGCUUCUCCGAGACCUGAUUGGUUGGCGCCGGAUUCGGAGUGCCCCGGAGGAGAUCGGCGGCGGCGGCUGGGGUUCCUGCAGGACUCGGUACCCGGGAUCCUGCGCCGCGGUUCUUGGCUUUGCUGGAGGCCCAUGCCCUGAGCGAGGCGGCAGGCUCUGUUCCCCGGGGAGAUCUUGCAGCAGUAGCAGCUGAGGAGGAGCAGGAGAGAAGACCCAAUCCAUCCGGCGCCGACAUGGCCGGCAGCGACGAGGUCAACCGCAACGAGUGCAAGACGGUGGUGCCGCUCAACACCUGGGUGCUCAUCUCCAACUUCAAGGUCGCCUACAACAUGCUCCGCCGCCCCGACGGCACCUUCGACCGCGACCUGGCCGAGUACCUGGACCGCCGGACGCCGGCCAACGCGCACCCCACCGAGGGCGUCGCAUCCUUCGACCACGUCAUCGACAACUCCGUCGGCCUCGGCGUGCGCAUCUACCGCGCCGUCGCCCCCGCCCCCGUCCCCGCCAACGGGGCGGUCGGUGCCGCCGCGGCCACCCUGCCCAUCCUGGAGUUCCUCACGGGCGCGCCGUCCGCGGACCCGCUCCCCGUGAUCAUCUUCUUCCACGGCGGCAGCUUCGCGCACUCCUCCUCCAGCACGCUCAUCUACGACCACCUCUGCCGCCGCCUCGUCAAGCUCAGCAAGGGCGUCGUCAUCUCCGUCGACUACCGCCGCGCGCCGGAGCACCGCUACCCGUGCGCCUACGACGACGGCUGGACGGCGCUCAAGUGGGCGCUGGCGCAGCCGUGCCUGCGCAGCGGCGCCGACGCGCGCCUCCGCGUCUUCCUGUCCGGGGACAGCUCGGGCGGCAACAUCGCGCACCACGUCGCCGCCCGCGCCGCCGGCGAAGGCAUCAAGAUAUACGGCAACAUCCUGCUCAACGCCAUGUUCGGCGGCACCGAGCGCGCCGAGUCGGAGCGGCGGCUGGACGGCAAGUACUUCGUGACCAUCCAGGACAGGGACUGGUACUGGAAGGCGUACCUGCCGGAGGACGCGGACCGCGACCACCCGGCCUGCAACCCCUUCGGCCCCAACGGGCGGCGCCUCAAGGGCCUGCCCUUCACCAAGAGCCUCAUCAUCGUGUCCGGGCUCGACCUCACCUGCGACCGGCAGCUCGCCUACGCCGACGAACUCCGGGAGGACGGCCACGACGUCAAGGUGGUGCACCGCGAGAAGGCCACCAUAGGCUUCUACCUGCUGUCCAACACCGACCACUACCACGAGGUCAUGGAGGAGAUCACCGACUUCCUCCAAGCUAACCUCAUCUAGUACAUACACUUCUGGUUGUCCCGAUGCAAUCAAUCCAUCCAUCCAUCAAAUACUACUACUUCUACUCUACUGCUCUACUACUGCCUAUAGGAACAAGAAGCUGAAUCAAUGGUAAGCUUGACUUAUAGUACGUCUCUCUUAUACUAGUACCGCCUAGCUGGGGAUCAUCUUGGAGCCCGGCAAUGGCUCGCCGCGCUGUCUUUUGGCAAAGUGAUCACACGCUCCAAACUGAUGAAUCCCCAUGACUGUCUGAUGAUGAUAAACAACUCGAUGGCCUCGGGCCAUCCAUGGCCUUCGUCCCACUAA